UAGCUAAUUUAGGCCCAUCUCCAAAUAAAUCGAAUCCGAUAACUUCGAAAUGCACUUGCUGCCAAGCGGCCAUUUUUUGUGAUGAUAUUUUGUGAUGUUUUAAUAUAAUCCGAUUGAAACGAAGCAAGGAAAUCAUUUUAUUGGAACGCCAAUUCAACGGAAAACCAUCAUGGCAGAGGUGAUGGAGUCUCCAUUGGCAGCGAAGGAGGCCUCCCCAACCGAGGAGGCUCCGCGCGUUGCUGAAAACCUAAAACCAAACACAGCGGCGUUGGUAGCAAAAAGUGCGGGCGACAAUUUAGAAGAGGAGCUGGCCGAAUUGAACGGCAAAGACGAGGAGGGCCCGGGCCUGGAUGAACUGAGCUCUCUGGAACAGGAGAUAGCCAAGCUUCACAACAUUCGGCCCGUUGACCCGGUAGCAGCAGCCGCGGAUGCCCCCAGCGCCGGGAGUAGCGGUGCCGAUAAUGAUGUUUUGGAUGCCCGGGCAGUCGGGGACGAGCUGACCAGUGGCUCUGUGGAGCAGGUGGACGUGAACGAUUUGUCUGGUAAUGGCCAAGCUUCGACAUCUCCACUGGAAGAGGUGGAUCUGAUCGCCCUGCUCAAGGGCACAGACACAAGUCACGAGAAGUGCGCCGUGGAGAAGGCGCUCUCUGAGCUGGACAGCGUGGGAGUUGACGUCGGAGUGACUAUUGAAGGAGAGGGUCAGUACGAGAUAAUGGAAAUUGACGACGAUGAGAGCAACGGCGGAGAAUCUACCACCAACAAGGCCAGUCCCAAGUCGCCUAAGACCAAGUCAAGCAAGUCACUUAAAUCCUCCACCUCCGCUGUUUUUGUCAAGCCGAAGCUGUCGCCGGAAGAGAUCAGGGCCGUGGCCCUCGAGCAGAUGGCCGGCCUUAAGAGUGCAAAGUCACGCCGCAAGGAACAGACGGCUGUAAAUGUAGUGUUGAAGCCUAAGGACAUUGUCAGUUCGCUGAACGAGGAUUGGGACGAUUACGAGGACUCCGAGGAUGAAGCCCCUGCAGCUCCGCCAGUUGCAACCAAAGUGGUUGUAGCUCACAAGCCGCCGGCCGUGCCUUCAAUGAAGCUUCCAUCACCUAGCAAACCCGCUGCACUUUCUAAUUUAUCUGGUUUCACUAAUAAGAUCAGCAGCGUCAAAGUAAUGCUUAAAACAGUGUCCCAAAAGCAAAUCGAGUCCUCAACGCCACAGCAUAUUACGGCAGUGGUGGAGAAACCAAAGCCUUCAAUUACAGCUUUAACGACCACCAAUGUGAGCACAGAGCCAGGCACCACAGGUUGCAAGCGUGUGAUCAAGCGGAAGAUAAUCUGGGACCCUGAUGCCCCCGAGACGCAAAAAUCCUUUGCCCAAUAUGCCAGUAGCUCUAAGGGUGCAGUUACAUCCUCGGCAAGGGCUUUAUCGCUAUCACCAGCGACAACAACACCAACACCACCACCAUCUACACCUAAAGCAGCAAAACUAUCGGUCAAGAAUGUUUUAACCAUUCAACCACCGCUAGCAUCAGUAGCAGCAGCAGAACCACCACCAGCUACUCCUAAGGCAGCAAAGGCGGUAGUCAAGAAUUUGAAAAAAGAGGCUGUCAUUAAAAAGCCGCGUGCAGCCACGCCCACCGUUCGAGCAACAAAAGCUUCCACACCGGAGAAAGGUCCUUCGCCUAUUAAACGGCGCUCACAAACCCCAAAUUCUGGAUUGGCCAACGGUGGACCCCAAAAGAAAAAGAAGGUGUCCGAAAUCGAUCGCCUGAUGGGCGAUGAGGGCGCGGCCAAUAUGAUCCAUGCGGUAGAGCAUGAGCAGCGCGAGAUGAGCGGUGGGGAGAUUUCCAAUAAGCCGCUGAUGCGAAAGCGAGCCAUGACUAUAACGGGCAGGAACCAGACAUCUCGCGCCUCAGCGGAGCCACCGACGCCGAAGAAAGAGACUGCUCCUCCCAGUACACCAAAAUCCAGCGCCAAGCGGAUCAGCACUACGGCAAAUGCAGUUUUCGCCAAAGCAACACCUAAGACUGCUGCUUCCAAAUCGCGUGCUUCGGACUCUUGGGACUACGUGUACAAGCAGCGUGCCAGCGAGGAGUCCAUGAUCAUGCGCCGACGCUCCAACAGCUCCUUUUCGAGCAACAACUCAGUCAGUCGCCACUCGCUGGACACCAAGCCCGGAGCAGCCACUCUUUCGGACGAUGCGGCCGAGGGCUCCGAUCCUUCCUUUAAGUUCCUGAAGCCGGUGGACAAGGCAAACCAAAGAGGCGUCGAAGCGUCGCCCCCGUGUUCUUUUUCCCACACACUGGCCAAUGAUAUGAAGGCGGUUAACAGUAGCCAUACCAAGGGAGCUGCCGCCGAGCUGGUUGUCCUGCACAAGGUGGAUAAGGUGGCCCAUUUGAAGGUCAAUACGCACCGCGGCAAAACGGGACAGACAUACAACAGUCAGCUGCUGCAGAAAUUGACCGAGACGCUGAGCAGUGUGGCCCGCAGCAAUGAUUUUAACACUGUGCUCAUUACUGUUCAGGGCCAGCAGUUCUGUCAGGGCAUCGAGUGUCACGAGCUAGUGCAGGGAUCGGCGGAGAAGCGCAGGAACAGUGCCAGCCAGCUAACCCAAACACUCAAAACGUACCUCCGCACUCUGGCCACAUUCCCCAAGCCCUUGGUGGCGGGCAUUGUUGGCAAUCUCAUCAAUUUGGGUGUGAUGCAGCUACCACUUAUCGACUAUGUGGUGGCCGCCGAGGAUUGUUGUUUCGAGACAAACUAUAGCAAGUUGGGACAGCUGCCCGAGGGCUAUGCGCUCUGGCAUGGUCACGAAAAAGUGUCCAGUCAAGUGCAUUCACAAUUGCUAUUGUUGGGUGAAAGACUACUUGUAUCUAAUAUCAUGGGGCCAAAUAGUUUUGUUGACAAGAUCUGCAAGGCUCGUAGUGUCGGCGAGGAAGCCCUGGCCAUAGCCAAACAUAUAUCCAUGACUUCUGCGGAGACAUAUCGAUCGCUGAAAAAGAUAAACCAUUUGUCCAGCAAUGCUGUCAAGUUCGCUCGCAUGGACGAAGAGUUUAAAGUUAUAGCCGAGCAAUGGACGUCGUCUAACUGCUUGGCGAACAUGAAGCGCUACCUAAGCGGCAUUGACUUUUAAGACCCUAGGCUAGUAAUUAUUAUUUUAUACCAUACACGCAAAAUGGUAGAUAAAUUCAAUCAGAAACAAAAUUUAAAAAAUUGCAAUCACAUUUACAAUAGGUAGAUCUAUUUUAAAUUUCUAAUCGAUCGUCAUCCCUUCCCUAAUUAUGUUUUACUAUUUUUUUUAAAUUGACAACUUUAGAGAGAAACAUAAUUUGAAUCUGAUUCUUUUGGAUGUAAAUACAAUUAAUAAGAUCGAAGCGCGAAUUUGUCGGAAAUUCAUUUUUAAACCUCUAAUGUCUGCAGUACAAAGCAAUUCGUAUCCUGAUAUUUAAACCGUGGAAAAAAAUAGGAUAACGCCUGGUAGGAAUUUAAAUUAUCCAUUUGGAACAUAAUAUUUGUAGUUUAUAUUCAGUUAAUGCAAUAUUGUAAUGCAAUAUCAUUUUUGAAAUAAAGGAGAAGCGUUGUAAAAAAUUA